CCUCGUUUCGCAACCGAUCUCUCCUUCCCACGCCGCCGCCGCCGCCGCCUCCGCCUCUCGUCCCCGGCCACCAGUCCACGGCGGCGGCUCGACAUGGCGGCGGCUCCGCCGGCCUUCACCGGAAACCUCAAGAAAGCUCUUGCAGGCUUGAGGAGAAUUAAUUUAGAUGGAUUGAGAUGGCGUGUAUUUGAUGCAAAGGGCCAGGUGCUUGGACGGUUGGCAUCCCAAAUAUCUGUUGUGCUUCAGGGCAAGGACAAGCCAACUUAUGCGCCACAUGUGGAAAAUGGAGACAUGUGCAUUGUGCUUAAUGCCAAAGAUAUCGGUGUUACCGGAAGAAAAAUGACUGAUAAGAUUUACUACUGGCACACAGGGUAUAUUGGUCAUUUGAAGGAAAGAAGACUCAAGGAUCAGAUGGAAAAAGAUCCAACUGAAGUAAUUCGCAAAGCUGUCAUGCGCAUGCUUCCUCGCAAUAGAUUGCGUGAUGAUAGGGAUCGCAAACUGAGGAUAUUUUCUGGAAAUGAGCACCCAUUCCAUGAUCGGCCUCUUGAGCCUUUUGUGAUGCCACCACGCCAAGUUCGUGAGAUGCGCCCCAGGGCAAGACGUGCACUGUUGAGGGCGCAGAAGAAGGAGCAGGACAGAGCAGCAGUGGCAUCAGCCAAAGACGAAGAAAAUGCGAAGAAUGCGAAAUCUGAAACCACCGCAUAGAGGCACAUUCAGAUGUGUGUGGCUGGAGAUUGCUACUGCCUUGUCAAUCUACCUGCUGCUAUUUUUUUUCUUCUAAAGAAAAUCAUCAAUGUAUCUUUUAUUUAUUUGACAAGUAGACUGCUGAUUCAAUAGUAGGCAGUAAAGUCAUAUAACCUGGAAACGAUCAGCUCAA